CGGCGGAUUUAUCAGGCGCACUAAUGGUACGUCUCAGUCAACAGUUCGCUCGGUAAAAGAGAUGGUAGCGCUAAUCGUGAAAGAUGCCUAAACUGUGAGUAUCCGAUGGAUUAAUCAUUUUCUCGCAGUCAGCAAUGGCGUCGGAGGCUUUACAAGAGACACCGUCAGUGAUUGAGCGCUAUUUCACCUGCUGGUAUAAAACAGAUUUGAAGAACAAAGCGUGUGAAGAUCAUUGUGUUCUUCAGCACUCUAACAGGAUUUGUGUCAUCACACUUGCUCCUUCUCACCCUGCUCUACAAAAAGAGAGAAGAAUUCAGAAUAUAGAUUACCAAAUCAGUGCUGGUUGCAGCAGACUACAAAACAAGGUGUCUGGAAAGUCCAAACGGGGAGGACAGUUUCUUACUGAAUUUGCUCCUUUGUGUAAAAUAACAUGCAGUGAUGGACUGGAAUUCACGGUGUAUAGUUGUAUUAGAGGCCGUCUUUUGGAAGUAAAUGAAGAGAUUUUGAAGAAUCCUGGCCUAUUACAAGAAAAGCCAUCCACAGAAGGUUACAUUGCAGUAGUUCUGCCAAAAUUUGAAGAAAGCAAAAGUGUCACCCAAGGACUGUUAACCCAAGCAGAAUAUGACGACAUUCUGUCACAACGAAGGAGGAUGAGCAGCCCUGAAUCGUGCUGAUGGUGGGACUGUGGAUCACAGGACUGUACUGGUGAAACUGGGCAGAAUGGGAGGUUUUAAUUCUGGGAAUUGAUGAUUGAUCAGCAUCUAUUUGAGAGAAUGCUUAGGAAGAGGUAGAAUAUGUAUUUUUUUUUUCAUUAGCAACUUUAUUAAAAAAUGGUGUACCGAUAUACUGUAUAUAUACACAAAUGUCUUACAUAUCCAUAACAAAUAGUUUAAUUGUCAAGAUAAUGUAAAAAUGCUUGAAAAAUAAAUAUGGCUGAUUUUUCUCUGCAGUACAGAAGAUCACCUUUGUUAAUAAUGUGCUGCUAAGUCAAGGAAGAGUUAUGGGGAAAAGUUUGUCAGAUUUGACUUCAGACUCGUUCUUACAAUAAUUUGUUUUUUAUUUCCUGACGCUUUUCAUCCAACAGAAAUACACAGUAUUUAUACAGUAGUUAGACUCACAAGGUUAAAAAACCCUAUGACAUUAGUACUAAAAGUCAAAAAGCAAACUUUAGCAUUUCAGGACAGCUUACGUAGUAUUUUAUUUAAACAGAAAAUAUCAAUCAAGGCUAACGUCUUCUGAAUACUACUCAAAACUUUAUUCUGUAUACACGGCCAUCAAAAGUGUGAAUUCUAAAAAGUUACAAAUAAAGUUUUUGUGAUUUUUGUUUCUUGUUA